AUCCCGAGGCUUUUUUUUCAUUGUGAAGUUAGGUUGAGCAGCAGUAGAUGGAGGAAGCUCCUUAGUGAAUGUUGAGUGUAUUCUGUUAGAGUCUGCUAAUAGAGCCAUGACUGGAUUUCUUUGGCUGGGCAGCAUGAAUUGUGAAAGGUCAUGGCACUGAGUCCUGAUGAUGAAGACUAUGACACCUCCCAGUCCAGGGCUUCAGCAAGACUAAAACCUCGGCCAGCCCCUUCAUCAGGACCCAAACUCCUUCCUCACAAAUCAACCAGUGGUGCACGCAGACGCAGAACACGAUGCCGCAAAUGCGAAGCAUGCUUGCGAACGGAAUGUGGAGAAUGCAACUUCUGCAAAGACAUGAAGAAGUUUGGAGGCCCUGGCAGAAUGAAGCAGUCCUGUAUCAAGAGGCAAUGUAUUGCUCCUGUGCUACCACACACUGCAGUAUGCAAGAUCUGCGGUGAGGCAGGAAAGGAGGACAAUGUGGUGGAUGAAGCGGAGAAAUUUAAUGCAAGCUUAAUGGAAUGCUCCAUCUGCAAUGAAAUAAUACACCCAGGUUGUUUAAAGGUGGAAGAGUCGGAAGGGGUUAUAAAUGAUGAGUUACCAAAUUGCUGGGAAUGUCCAAAGUGUAACCAGGAGGGAAAAACUGGAAAAGAGUUUAAAGAAGGUGAAGAUGGAGGGAGACGAAAAUCUGAAGAUCUUGGACGUCCAAGAAUGGAGGAGUAUCAUUCCAAUAGGCGGAAAUCUGAUGAUGGGCUAGGACUCAAACGAAGAAAAGACAAGGAUCUACCUACAGAUUUGGGCCCAAGGAAAAAGCUGAGAGGAGGAAAAGAUGACAAACUUCAAAAGAGAAAGAAAAGGAAAGUAACUCCAGACUCGGAAGAAUCUAAUAAAGUAAACCACCUUGAAAGGUCAGAGCAUGCAGAUAGGAUAGAACGGAUACGUCAAAUGAUGAAACGUGUCAACAGAAAUGAAGCUACCAGCUCCAGCUCCAGCUCAGAUUCUGACUCCGAUUCUAGCUCUGGUUCGGAAUCCAGUCUACAGAGAUCCGAAGGAAGCAGUGGGGAAUCUAGUCCGAGGUCCAUUGCAAAGACAGAUAGCCAAAGGUCAAAGCUCAGAAGAUUUUCCAAUGACAUUUUUAGUGAAGAGGAUGACGAGGAAGAAGAAGAUGAAGAUGAAGAGAAUGCAAGGAAUACAAAAUCUAAUUUGCUUUCCUUGGCUUCAAAAGUUGGUGAAAAUAACUAUUAUUCCUUAAGGGGAGAAAAUAUUCAAAAAAACUCUUUCAGGACAGUGGAGGUUUCAUUAAAGAAGAAAAAUGGACCAUCCAGUCAGCUUUGUCACAAGGUUCUUGGAAAUAUAUCUCGUCCACGGAUACUAAGCAAACUUCCAGUGCAGUCUCCUCCCAAGCCAUUUCAAAUGGAGAGACAUGUGGUUCGUCCUCCACCUCAUAGCCCUGAACCUGAUUCUUUACCACUUACCAGUGGAUCAGAACAUGUGGUGCAAAGAGAGGUGUGGCUGGCAAUAUUCAGUUACCUGAGCCAUAGGGACCUAUGCAUCUGUAUGAGAGUAUGCAAGACGUGGAAUAAGUGGUGUUGUGACAAGCGGUUAUGGACCACCAUUAACUUGAGUCGCUGCAAAUCGAUCACUCCAACAAUGCUGAGUGGGAUCAUCAGGAGACAGCCCAUCAUUCUAGACCUUAGCUGGACAAAUAUCUCAAAGAAACAACUCAGUUGGCUCAUAAACAAGUUGCAAAAUUUAAAAAUUCUGGCACUAGCAGGAUGCAUCUGGAGUGCGAUCUCUGCACUUUGUACAUCGAGUUGUCCUCUUCUACGCAUGCUCGAUCUUCGUUGGGUGGAGGAUCUCAAAGACUCGCAAAUGAGGGAGUUGCUCUCACCGCCUACAGAUUGCAGAGUAGGUCAUAACCAGAGCAAACUGUGCAACCUGACAGAAUUUCAUUUAGCGGGUUUGGAUAUUACUGACUGCUCGUUGGCGCUGAUGAUACGCUACAUGCCAAUGCUAAACAAGCUGGACCUGAGUCAAUGUAACCACGUGACUGAUCAAUCCAUUGCCCUCUUGACAGCUGCUGGAUCUUCCACACGGGAAACACUGACUGAAAUUAAUCUUUCAGGUUGCCAUCGAAUAACAGACCAGUGCCUGUUGCUGCUUCAACACUGCCCAAACCUUAAUCGAAUCGACCUUCGGAGUUGCAAACUGAUUUCUCCCCAGGCUUGCCAGCAGCUUGCGGAAGGGCUGGCAGGUGUCACCUCAUUUGAACUCGUGGAAGACAAACUGUUAAAGAGAAGCAGUUUACAAUUGACAAAGUAGCCUCAUGGAUGCCGAUAAGCAUUGCCAGAAUGUUCCUCCAAGUCCUGACUGAAACAGCGCAAUUGCAAGCUCUGGGGGAAAUGCCUCCACUCUUCUAGCCGAUUGCUUUCUGUGUGUCUGUAUGGACCAUGCUGUGACGGUCUGGAGUCGUCAUGGCAAUCAUGUCCUUCACUGCUGCUGAAGUCAGUGAUCCAAUGACAGCUGUAUAGUUUUGGAGGAAAAUUACUGGUGUAAUUAUCUAGGCCUCAAAAAUGAAGCAUGAUUUUUGGACAAAAAUGUUUUUAUAUUGCAAAUACAGGGUUUUAAGCAUUACGCUCUGGUAAUAAUUCCUUCCUCCUUUUCUCUUCCCUCAAAAGUGUAGAUUUAGAAAAUAUUUAAAAAUACACAGAACUUGGAGGUAUACGUAAAAUUUCUGAUAUAAUGCUUAUUUGGAAAUAAAAACACAUGGGCUUAAAGAUGGGCUGUAAUUUAAUUUUGGAAAAGACAAUAACUGUUCUUGUCUAAACUUGAUUGCAGUCCAAAAUAAUACUCAUUACUUUUAAAACAGUACAUUUUAAUUAUUUUUUUUAUUCCACUGGAAUGCCCGCUGUUUCAGUAGACAUUCAGUUUUAUCACACUGCAUUUCCAAAUGUUGAUGAAUAGGUGGUGCAUGAAUCUGCACCUUAAUACUGAAAUGAGAUCAGUCAGAUUGCAAAACUACAGUGGUGAAAUAAUUCCUGUAAUUAAUAUCUUUAUGUCAUUCCUUCAAUGGAUUUUUCUCGGUGGCUUCCUAUUCCUUGGUCUAAACAAACAAGCUCAUUUAUUUAGGUUACAUUGGUUGCUAUGAGAUUUGAGUUCUGUUCAAAAUUGUGGAGAAAGAACCUGCUUUGAAAAUGAAAGUCCUCAUGGGCUAUAUUGUUUUCCUGUAAUAUGUUUUAUUACAACAUUUUGGGAUGUGUUUUAAUAGUGAAAAUGCUUCAUAGCAACCCAAAUUAUCUAAUUAAGUGAGUACAUAGUGCUUUAAUGGGGGAAAAAAAUCUGAAAUGUGCAGUGAUUGACUUUCGUAAAUAUGAAUACUCUGAUGGAAUAGCUUUUGUCCACUAAAUGUGACAAAGAAAAUAAAAAUAUGAUAAGAUUUAGACCACUAAGUAAACAGAUAUGUAAGAUUUUUGAGAGUCCUAUAACAGCUUGUUAUAUUCCAUCACUGCAGUUCUAGCCAAGGGACAGAAAUUUGGGAUAUUUUAGCCAGGUUAAAUUUCUUGUUUUGUUUUUGCACUGGCAAUGUCUUUUUUAAAAAGAACGUGCGUUGGGUUAGGUACUGGAUUUUAUAAUAACUGAGUUUAAUUAUAAACCAUUCCUACCCAAACAUACCCCUUGCCAAAAUGGUGGGCCGUUUGUUCCAUUGUACAUUACUGGUUCUCUAACAAUAGGUUUUUAAUUGGAUCGGUAACAACCAGCCUGUAAAUAACAGCAGAAAAUAUUUUUUAACUUAAGAAUGCUGCCAAACACAACUAAAUGGACAUUUUAUAAUUAUUUUCAGUUGUUACCAUAGAAAGAACACUGGAGAAAUUGCAUUUAAAAAAAAAAAAAAAAAAAAAAAAAAAAAAAGAUUUUAACUUCUAAAGGUCUGAGUGAGUUAAUUUGUUCUUGCCCUGAAGAUGAGAAGCCACCAUGUAGACUGGGCCCGCUCUGAAAUAUCCAUCAUUUGUAAUUUCUGAAGCUCUGGUGGAGCUUCAGGGGCUUGGUUCUAGUUUGGUCUGGUGAUUUGCUAUACUCACUUUAUUUUACUAAUUUAAACGUGUGUUCUUCCUAAGAACAAAGAUUCUUGAGUUCUGUGUAUUAUUGGCUCGAUUUUCCACCCAGUAAAAGUUUCAGUCAUUAAUCUGUUCCCUGUGGAGGGGGAAGUUAAUUGAUGGAGAACUUCAGACAUCAAAAGCAAUGCAGAAAUAUGCUUGUCUGCCUUGCUUUUCAACUAGAAGUGCUAGCAGUGUAUGCUUCCAAGUACUGGCCACAGAAUGCUACCUAUGGGUAAUACCUGAUAUGAAUGUCAUCUAACAAAAGAAAA